AUGGCACCCUUCAGAUCCUGGAAAGCCCGCAUCACCAAAACAACCAAGUCCCUAGAAGACCUAAUAGAAAGGUCGAAACCGCUCACCGCUUUCAACAUACCAAACCUAGAAUCCGAGGACGAAACAACAGAUAUCUUGAAAGGCAAACAAGCCACAAUCAUCACACACAUAACGAACAUUGAAAAGCUUUUAGAAUCCCUCAAACAAGCCCAGUUAGGCAUGGAAGAAGUAUUCAACAAGCUGGAAGCACAAGAACAAACUACGGAACAAAGUUCGUACGAAGAAUAUACAGAUACGGCGUUCACUACGAUAAGUAACGCUGAAGAUGCACUGGUAAAACUAAGUGAAAAGCAAACAGAAAUUACUACACGUAUAAGCAGAAACGGCGAACUAGAACAACGCCGACACCGCAUCUUGGCUGAAAGCAACAAGAGAGAAUGGGAUGCAUUCUGGGCCGUAUUUAAAGCAAAUAUCGAAGAUCAACCCAUACCACUCAUGAUGAAAUACAACUAUUUACUGCAAACCUUAACAGGAGAAGCUCGACAAGUGGCGAGCAGAUAUCAGAUAAGCGAAGACAACUAUCCCCUAGUCAUAGAAGCCUUGAAGCACAAGUACGGUCAGGACAGCUCGAUCAUAGAGGAGCUCUUCGCCCAGUUAGAAAAAACAACUGCAACAGGUUCUUCCACCGCGCAGCAAAUCUCGCUGCUAGAUCAGAUAUCUGCAAUAAUGGCACAAUUAUCUACCAAAGGACAAGAUACCAAUCAUAGAAUGCUUCUGAAUAUGGUUCUGAAAAAGUUUGAACCUAGCAUCCAGUUGAAAGCACUGGAGAAACGCGAGCAACUAGAAAACCCAGCCAUUUGGACAUGGCAAAUCUUGUACGCUCAUCUCUCUGGCAUUCUGGAGCUCAAAGAUAAAGUCGAGCAGUCACAAAGAAUUCUCAAUGAUCAUACCAACCGACCGAAAAUACCACAGCAUUUCAAAGAAAAGGCCAUAGAGCGUACUCUUCAGCCGUGCAUAUACUGCAAACGAACAAAUCACAUAUCGAAAGAUUGCAGAACAAUUCCUGCCACAGAACGGGUCGCAUUCCUAAUCAGGAAUCAAAUGUGUCUCAACUGCGCUAAAACAAAUCACAAAACUGCAGACUGCAGGAGCCAAGGAUGCUUCAGGUGCGGACAGAAGCACCACUCCUCCACGCUAUGUCGCGAAGGGACACCAACACCAAAGCCUAUUCCUUUAGGACCUAGACCUGCUUCCCAACCCAGACGCACCAACUAUACCAACGCACCGGCAAGAACAAUACCAAGAAGAGGACCCACACAAACCAUCUCUCCACACGGAGUGCAAAAUGUCAUCACUCUUGAUAAUAACACCGGAAUCGUUGAUGAACACAACGAAGAGGAAACACAAGUGAAUCAAGUGACUGGACGUGAAACUUGUCGCAUAGACAAUGUGGUCCUUCUAACAGGGACAGCCACCGUAGAAGGGCCACGAGGACUUCAAAAGGUCCGCAUUCUUCUCGACACCGGCUCCGAGUUGUCGUUUAUUGAUGCAAAACUCGUCGAUGAGAUGAAGCUACCAGUAAUAGGAUCCGCAACCCUGAGAAUAAGAACCUUUGGUUCAGAAGAGCCCACACAAAAGGAACACCGCAUAGUCAAGGUCAACUUGGUAACCAAGGAAGGUUCAUCACACACAUACGAGCUCUUUGAUAACGAAAUCAUCGCAAACACCUCCAACAAGUUGAAACUCACAAAAAGGGAUUGGGAGUACGUACAAAAGCAUGGAAUCAACCUCUCAUCCACUCCCGAGGACCAAGGAGAACCUCGCAUCCUUAUAGGCUGCGAUCACCUGUGGGAAAUGGUCGACAGUAAACAAGAACACCCGCGCAAGUUAAUAAACAAGGGUACUACCCACCAACUCGUGGCAUUCAGUGAUGCAAGUAACAUAGCAAUGGCUGCGUGCGUAUACAUAAAACACAAAGAUCAGUGUAAAGUGCUGAUCGCGAAGACCAAACUACCUUCACUGAAAGGAAACCACACCAUACCAAAGCUCGAAUUGAAUGCACUUACCCUAGCAGCCAGACUGACCCUUUCGUCCUAUAAAGAGUUGCGAGAAGUCACUACCUCAAAGGCAGUUUAUCUCUUCUCAGACUCAGAAAUAGCACUGAACUGGAUCAAGAACGCUAAUAGUGCGUCAAAAUCGCUGGGUGUACUAGUGAACAACAGAAUAAAAGAAAUAAAAAACAUAGUUGAAGAGUUCAACAACAACAACAUCACUGUACACUUCGGAUACAUCCGCACAACAUCAAACCCAUCAGAUUGCGCAAGCCGUGGAUUAACAGCCAAAGAGCUUCAAAGUCACAUCUGGUGGGAAGGACCCGACUUCCUAAAGGAAAAUCCAGAAAAGAUGAGUGCCACAAGUCAGCAAGCCGCUGCAGAUCUGUUGAAGUCGCUUAACGAUAACGCCCGCACUCUCCUUGAAGAAAAGGAAUUGCAACGUCGUCUCGAUCUAAUCUAUGAUGAUAUCUCUCACAAUAUUGCUAAUGUUGAUCGCAUCCAGAAACUAGUAGACCAGAUACGAUUACAGCUGAAUGAGAAAGAUCCAGACAAAGCACUCUACCAGACCAUUGCAGACCUCACGUAUCAACUGGGUGUAACUAAGCAAAAGAUGAUCGAAGAUCAUCAACUAGGAAACAUUCUUUGGGAACUUUAUCAUCUCAUGAUACAAGCUGGAGAAGCAAAGAAGUCUAGCAAGCAGGCAUUCGAAACCAAGCAAAGAAAAGAAAAGAGGGAAAACUCCCGCACCGUAAACAACACAAUUCUCCAGAAAGAAAUACAACACAUCAACGACCUUCUCGCAGAAAUGUCAAAGUUCCAAGUCGAAUGUUUCAUAGAGUUCCCAAAAGAAAAUGUCGUGCUGGAACAACUCGGCCACAUCCGCGCGUUAUUGGAUUUCCCGAGGGGGAGCCUCGAGAUCGAGAAUAAACUAGACAAUCUGACUGCUACGAUGGACAGAGUUGAGAAGUGCGUACGAAAUAUCGACGUGAAGCUUACGAAGUUAAUUGAAGAACAAAAGACCAAUACGGAACUGCUACUCGACUCACAGAUAAAUGCUAUGAUACAAAUUCAAAAGAUUACGAGGAAACCGAACCAAGCGAAGAUUGCCUUAGCUCGUCGCAGACUAGCUGAACUGGAAUCGAUCAAGGAUCGAACAUUCGGAAGAAAAAGAACUCUUCUUGUUCGGGAUAAGCAUAUCGCCCCAAAAUGUUCCUUCUGUUGCACUGUCGGAGAACACGACUCCGACAGAUGUUAUAAGCAUAAAUCUGUCGAAGAACGAAAGCAAAUACUGGCUGAGGCUGCUUUGUGCGAAGUUUGCCUGGGACUGUGUGAUAAGCAAUGCACCGUCUCCAGCAAAUGCGAAUACUGUGGAUCUUCAUCCCACCAUAGCGCCCUUUGUGUGCUCCCAGAGGAGAAACAGCAGUGCAUAACGAUCAUCCGUCACUGGGAUUUUCUCGAGAGGCCCCAAUGUGCUGAACAGUCAGCACUCAUCGACAAGCAGAUCACCGACAAGCAGAUCACCGAUCAAUAG